AUGGUUAUUGGAUGGUUUAUUGAGUAUGUUAAAAUGUUACAAAAAGGUACGUACAAUAAGUUGCAUAUUGUUCUUUGCAGUAAGCAUUAUAAUGAUGUAGAAAUUAGAAUCACAACAAAGAACAUUGUCAUUGAAGAAGAUCAACAGGCCAAAUGGCCAAUCAGUUUAAGGGCUUUUAAUAGUAGUCAGCUUUAGGCGCCGCAAAUAUAUUUUCGGCAGCCUCGAGUGUUAGAAUGACAGUUGCAUGAUUGUUACUAUUGUGGCGUAUUUAUUGGAAUUUAACUGGCGUGUCAUGCAGCCAUAUUCAUGCUGUUCACGUGCCAACUGUGAGUUUAAUUUCACCUUUUGAAAACGGUGCAAAAACAGGGAAUGUUUUCCACCCUAAACGUAUUAAUGCGGAUUGGAAUGCAAGGUAAUGUGUUGUACAAACUUGGAAUAUAUAAUUGUGUUUUUACAUGCGUGUAGAUGAAAAUGAUGCUGUCACUGAUGACACUGCCACUGGCGAGGGAAGUGAGUUACAAAGUGCACCUUCUUUAAAAGAAUUGGUUCUGUUUAUCUUUGGCCAACCUGUUCUGCACAUGGAAAUAAAAGUGAAAUUCAUGAAUGGUUACUUUCCUGACCCUGAUUCGUGCUUUGGUAGAGUAAGCCUUCCUUUGAUGCACACGAACUAUGAACAUUUUUGUAAAGCAAUGAACGUAGCAAUUGAUUCUCAGCAUGUACUCUAG